AUGCCAGAGCUAGACGACUACAGCAAGAGCAUGCACCUCCCCACCGACAGCAAUGGCGACGACAACAACGACAAUGACGACGACGAUGCCACCUGGCUGGUCGCUGUGGUCUUGACCACUGCGCUGCUGGUCACCCUUGCGUCUGUCAUUCGGUCAUGUGGCCAAAGAGCCGGCUGGCUCCCCUUGUCGAUGCACAGCUCCCAAGACGGUCACGAGUCGCUCUUGGGAGGGCCAGGCGGCGGACACGGUCUCGGAGGCGGCUCUUCCCGGCAUCAUUCUUCCGGCCCACACCAGGUCCCCAGCGAGGACGAACCCGACCCAGACUUGACCCUCAACGAGAACGACGAGCGCUGGGCACUGCUUACUGGUGCCCAACGACAAGCGUACACUUCUUCCAGAGCCUUCCAAGUCGCCCAUCCACCUCUCAGCGUCCCAACAGACAUUUCACUCUCACAGUAUCUCUCUAUUCAGGAAAAGGGCGUCUCUGCAUGGGAAUUCGAGGCAUCAUACGACAAUCACAGAGUGCAGGUUCAUGAUCGGACAGAGAUGUCGUUCCUCGCCAUGAAUCAAGCCGAAACGUCUGUCCAGACCAACCUGCCCAUGCCCAAGCAACAGGAGGUCUACUACUGGGAAGUCAAGAUGUUUGAAAAGAGUCCCGAUACCGUCGUCUCUGUUGGUGUUUCGACCAAGCCAUACCCCUACACAAGGAUGCCUGGUUGGAACCGUCACUCUGUGGCCUACUUUUCAAAGGACGGCCAAAAGUACUGCAACUCGCCCUUCAGCGGACACCCAUAUGGGCCAUUUUAUUUUGAGGGAGAUGUCGUUGGCUGUGGCUACCGACCCCGCACAGGAACCAUCUUUUUCACCCGCAACGGUAAACGACUCGAGGAUGCCUACACAGGAUUGACAUUCAACUUGUUCCCGACUGUUGGAGCCAACGGUCCCUGUGUGCUUCAUGUCAACCUGGGUCAAUCUGGAUUCGUGUUCGUCGAGGCCAAUGUGAAGAAGUGGGGCUUGGCUCCCGCCAGCGGAUCGUUGGCGCCUCCCCCCGCCUAUGGUAAAGAGCGAGGCUCGAUUCUGUUGGAGACAGGGUCGGCGUUGGGAGGCUCAGGUGCUGGAGCAGGAACAGGAACGGUGGCGCCGCCCAUGCGUCGACCCCAUCUGCAGUCGAGUCAGUCACGAGCAAGGAUCGAAGCUGCGGGAGUUCUUGUUCAAAUUGACGAGGAGGAUCGCAUGAGUGCAGGUGAAGGCGGAAACGGAUCUGAAUACAGCAAAAAGGUCAACACAACCCCUCAGCACAUCUCAUUAUCGACAAUGUCUGGACCAGCUGGAGGACUGCCUCCUCCUCAAUACUCGAGUCUGACGGAUGACGGAGGACAGACAAGUGACGAGGAGACGACGGCGCUGAUCGCCGAGACGAUAUCCCGACCUGUUGGACGAGUACGCAGCGGUACGACAAAUAGCACCGCCAGUGGAAGCGGUCGGCGGUCUUAG